AAGGGAAAGUCCAGCUCACUUCAACCUGAGAGAGACUCCGUAACAGCAGCAGCACAGCUCGUCUUCAUCAUCCUCACCUCCAUCCAUGGCGACCUCCUCCAAGUCCUCACAGACGGCGAAGAACGUGGUGCUCUUCCUGCUGGCGCUCUGGUCUGUGAUCUCGCUGAUCAUCAUUGUGGUGUGGGCGACGUCCCCGGACCUGAAGAGCGCCUCCAAGUGCCGCUCAGAGCUGCAAGAAAUGACGGUGCAGCUGGAGGGGGCCAAGGUGGUGUAUAACAAGAACAAGGUGGCUCUGGAAGAGCUGGUGGAGGCGGCGAGGGCGGUGCAGGCCCGCCAGAAAGCUGAGAUCCUGAUGCUGCUGGGACACUUCAAUGCCACUAACGCCACGCUGGAGGAGUGUCGGCAGGAAAACGUCGUCCUGAGCUGGAACAUCAGCGCUCUGCAGGAGAACGUGGAGCAGCUCCGUCAGACGGAGACCAACCUCACGGCUCAGAUCAGACUGCAGGAAGAUCACAUCGAGGCACUGCAGCAGAACGUGACGGAGGCCGGCCAUCAGAACGAGUCCUGCUUCAGCCUGAAGGCGGCUGCUGAGAGUCAGAUGUUAGCGGCUCAGAGUCAGACCCGAGGCUGUGAGUCCCGGCAGCAGUACCUGCACAAACAGCUUCAGAAGUGUAAAGAGGUGGAGGCAGAAGCUCCUGAGCAGACGGAGCAGACGGGGCAGCAGGGCGACGGCUCGUCCUCCGCCUCGCCCCUCUCUGGUAUCCCUGCGCUGAUGCUGCUCGUCUGCAGCGCUCUGCAUCUGGUAACCUGAGCGAGGCGGUGACCUGUCGAUCGACGGCGAGCACUGCGGCCCAGGACGAAGGGGGCGGAGCCUGGACGGACUGUACAAACCUCCUGUCUACGUGACAAACAGAUCGCCAUGGAGAUGCUGACGUAACGAAUGAUUGGACAGAAACUUUGCUUUGACUUGAACAGCUGAGACGUUUACUGACUCAUUUAAAGACGCCGCUGCUUCACCGCUGUUGUUUUUAUUUCUUCACGAAGCUUAACGGCUGCUUUUUAACUUCGUGCUGCUGCUUUUACAUUUUAGCCUUUAAUAUUAAUAUUAAAAUGAAAUCAUCUGUCAGUUUGUUUUACAUUAAAUUUCCUUUUAGACAUUUGUUAUCAUAGAAAAUCAACUUGCAAGAGAAUACAAUUUAAAAAGAGUGUAAAUAUCCUGACUGUUGCAAAAAGAAGUAUAAGUAAAGAAGUGUUUUACUCCAGUAAAAGUAUUAAUAUCUCCGUGCAGAAAAACUGCGUUUAAAAGUCCUGCAUUGAAAAUGUUACUUAAGUAAAAGUAUCAACAUCAAAUAUACUUACAAUGCCAAAGGAGUAACUUUACUCGCGUUACAUGUCUCGUAAAUGUACUUAGUUACUUGUCCCCACUAAAAAAGCUCCAUGCUGCGUUCAAGGAACAUCAGAGAUUUAAGAAUCAGCUGCUGAAAACUGUGUGAGAAACUAAUAAUUAAUAAUAUUUGUGUUUCAUAAAUUAGGAGUUUGCUUGUGUUUUUCUUUUUACUCAGUCUCUCACACAGAGAGGAAGUUUGACUUUCACAAUAAGAGCACACAAGAAGAAUCUCUCUCUGCUGGUUUAUUAAAAACCAAAUCUAUUAAAGACUGAUGGAGGAAAAAGAUCAGCAGAGAGGAAAAAAUUAAUCUUAUUUCAGUUCCGAGUUCCUGUUUAUACCUGACGGUUAAAUCUGGUCUCAAGCUGGAUCACAAAUUGUGUUUUUGUGAGAUGAAAGUAGAGUCAGACCAUAGACUGUAAACAGGAAGUGGACGUCGUCUUACUUAUUGUAAGUCGCUUUGGACAAAAGCGUCAGAUAGAUGAACUGUAAUGUACCCGUUGGUUUGUGGAAUACGGUUUUGAAGCCUCGAGUUUGGUACUUUGUUUGUCGCCAUUUUGGAGCCGGAAGUGACCAUAUUUGGAAGAGAGAGAGGAGCUAAUGAGGAGCGAGGCCUAAGAAGUUAGCAGCUAACGCUCGCUGGCAUAGUUAGCAAGGUGCUUCAGUAAUUCACGUUAACUGUGAUAUUAAUUGUGAUGCUAAUUUUGGCUAGCGAUGCUUAAAACAAAAUGUACUAACUUAAAAAUAUAAAAAAACAGCCGACUUCUUAGGCUCCAGUUAAGUUUUCUGCACGAACACGAGCUGCCGCGAUGUUUGGCUGGUUUCUCCUCACGGCAAACUGUCGCGGACAGAGUUUUGAAAACGUGCGUUUAUAGUUCAUCGUGGUUUUCGCCCGUCUGCGUAGAAAUAGAUGGAUGUGCACAAAUAUGUGAGAACGCACGGAUGCCUUAAGACUUAACCAGGAGUGUGUUUGCGUACAACCGAACACCGCGGUGGUAGCGACCUGUCAAUCACAAGGUAGCCCCGCCCUAUAGCAGACGCUACUUUAUCGUCUAUUUUACUCUAAACGGAACGUAAGUUACUAAAUGAACAUCAUGCUGUAUUGAAGAAGACUUGAAACUACAGAUUGAGACAUAAAUGUAUUAGUAAAAUAUUUACUGAGGUAAUAAAUCAAGAGAGAAACAUUUUCUCAUAGACUUCUAUAGAACCAGAGGAGUCUCCCCCUGCUGGAGGUCACAGAGAAUACAAGUUUAAGGCUCUUCUGCGUUGGCUUCACUUUUCAGACGCUGUUGACGAACAUAAAUAUCAGCUGUCGAUUAUUCGCGUUCUUAAUCUUUUACUUUCUGUCGAAACGAGAUUUUACAGUCAAGUGUGAACGAGCUCAAAGUGCGAAUGAAUUGUCUGUUUAUGUUUUUCACUGUUUGUUUCUUUUCGAACUCGCAGCUUGAAGCUCGACGAAGCAACGACUCAACUUUUAGAGGCUUUUAUCUAAUUUGACGGGGGGUGGGAUG